AUGCAUGCGACUCUUGCCCUUCCGUCUGAACCCACGGUAAGUGCUCUCACGGCCGCCGCAGGUAAUGCAUAUAUGACUUCUACGAGGCACGAUUCACGGCCCAUCUUCUCGCCCAGUGUGUCUUCUUAUACCCAGCAUUUGUUCCACGCUCGACGGCCGAGUGCUCAGAGUGGAACGAUCAUGCCACGGCCAAAUCCCCCGCCUACUCCAGGCUCGUCAAGCGAUAUCAGAGGGAAGGAGGGGGCGCAUGGAGCGCCGGCAUUCAAUCUGCCACCUACCGCAUAUCAAGAAGCAGAUCGUGCGAGUUCGAGUUCGGGGACACCGUCAGCCAAUGGCUCGGACUCGUCGUACCGUCCGGUGUCUCCAGCACCACCAGCUGCUUCUCAUAGCAGGAAGCGUUCGGCAGAUCAGAAAGGACCCGUCGUGACGAAAGAUGACUUUGCCCUGCCGCCUCCGCCUACACGAUCGAGGAAGAUCAUACAGAUGAAGCCACAGUCGAGCGAGAGUGUGGACCAGUCGCAUACGGGAGCAAGCACUUCCCCUCAAGCCAAAGGAAAUGGCACACCUCAAACAAACGGCAAGAGGAAGCAGAACAGCGGUGGAACCACUGCAGCAGGACGCAAGAUAGCUCGAAAGACAGCACACAGCUUGAUUGAGCGAAGGCGCAGAUCAAAAAUGAACGAGGAGUUCGGCGUGCUCAAGGACAUGAUACCAGCAUGUCAAGGACAAGAGAUGCACAAGCUCGCUAUCCUCUCGGCCAGCAUAGAAUACCUCCGCUACCUCGAAAAAUGCGUCUCCGACCUGCAAGCCCAACAAACCUCUCCCCGCCCACCACCACCGCCCUCCGCCCCCCAAAGCACUCAAGACGACGACCCCUCCAACGACGAAGACGAAGAAAUGCAAGACCCCGACCCCCCCACCACCGCCUCCACCCCCGUCACCACCGCCCCAGACCGCAGCGCCUCCCUCAUCUCCCUCCCCUCCCUCUCCCAAAUCACCACAGCCUCUACCACCUCCCCCUCAAGUUUCCCUUCAGAACGCCAUUACUCCGUCUCCUCAGCCUCGCAAGCGAGUUACUCGCCUUACUUCCACUCGACCCACACGUCUCCGGCGUUCGGCCCGCAGAUCUCGCAAGGGUCGUAUAGGGAGGUGUUUGGACUCGGGAGUCCGGCGCUGCAGCCGUUGGAUUCGAGGAAAGGUGGUGAAGGUGCGCUGAAGAAGCAGCGGUCCGAGUCGGGAAAGGUGGCGCGGAGCGAGCAGGAGCUGGACCAGGAGGCGACGGCGGCGCUUUUGAUGCUGAAUCACGAUCGGAGGAGCUGGAAGGGGAGGCAGUCGGAGGGUAGUGGAACGGGGAGGAGCGGGACUGGGAUGAGUGUGCGGGAUUUACUUAGUGGGUGA